AUGCCUACCUCCUAUUGGGAGUGCAAUCGCUGUGGGCUGGUUGUGGAGAGACCGGGGUGGUGGAUCCAGACCCGCGGUCCAUGCGAACAUCAAGCCGCACAUGGAUGCCCUGGCGACAUGGCAGAAGUUUCAGGUUGGUUUGCGAAUGCUUGGAAUGGCCCCGGUUCAUGGGAGCGACGGGUGGGACAAGCAUGCAACUGCGUGAGCCCUGCCUUGACGCUUCGAGUGGCCUCCCUUGCUGGCGGCAUCUUGGAGUUGGGAGUCAGGAAUGAUUGGACAAUCGCACAGGUGAAAACAAAGAUGGAGAGGCUCCACGGCAUUGCUGCCGAUCAGGUGUGCCUGAGCUUUGGAGGAGUCAUUCUUCAAGAUUUUCUCUGUGUCGAAAAACUUCACUUCAAUGAUGAGUCUCCACCAGUAUCAUGGGUCCGGCGGCAUCCUGAUGUGGUUGAGUGGUUGAAGCGCGUGAAUGCAAACUGGCAGGAAAUUCACCAUGCGCCAGAAAAUGUCCGCAAGUCGGCCGAGGUCAUCCUUGCGGUACUUCAUCAAGCACAUCAUGCCAUCUCUCUUGUCGAUACGGAAUUGCUUCGCGAUGUCCUUUUCCUGCAGCAGGCCUGUGAGAUGAGAGGUUUCGAUAAAGCCAACGGGCUGUCGCAGAUGAAGUGGCUGCGAGAUGUAGCUGACAUCCACACGCUGCUCUCCUAUGCUAUCGCGCGGGGGGAUGACGAUCUCUUCCAGGCGGUGAUAGGCUGCGAUGUGUAUCGGGAUCUAGGCGCUCAGGACUGCGUGGAUGUGGUGCUGUCAGUGGUCUCUCAAGGCAACACUCCUGAAUCUGCCAAGCUUGAGCUGCUGAAGCUGUUGCUCGACAGGAUUCCUGCACAGUGCCUCAGGAAGGGUUUCAACAGCAAAUUUGUCGCUGACAAAGAGCUUGCAGUGGCUCUACUGGAGUCCGAACGAGCCGCGCAGAGCAACCAAGGGCCUUAUCGGCAAGUUAAAGGGAGGCUGCUAAUCAUGCCACCUGAAAUGCAGCGUCAUGAUUUUGCGUUGGAGGUGCUGCUCUUGCACAAAGAUACCUUCUCAAACGGCUCUUUCGGGCAAUUGCUCCGUUAUGUAGCAGAGGACGAGAUUCCACUGGACAAAAGCCUCUCUUUUGUGUUAGCAUGUUUGUCGUAUGACCAACCUGCUUUUGCUUCGAGGGCAUUUGGUCGCGCCGCAGAUGGAGAUGUCGAAUUGGGUGUCCAGAUCAUGCUUGAAGCGAAGCUUCCGUUGACAUCACUUAAACGGGUCUCAUCUCCAAACAAAACGGCACACAUUCUUGAAGAUGUUCUGACGGCCUGGGCACCAGACGCAGCAACGCUACUAUCGUUGAUAAAGCAGAACGAUCGUGAGAUAUUGCAGCUUCUGGAGUGGACGGAAUCCGGAAAGAUUUCGUCCAUUGCAACCUGCCACUGCCUGCACGCAGUUCUAGAGCUUAUACUGGAGCAGGAAGAAGUCCCAGAAGGCACGGCACAAGUUGGCAGGCUGUUGACACGCGCCUUUGUCGCUUGCUCUGCUUUGGAUUUGACCGUGGCUGAAAAGCUUCCGCUUGCAUGGCUUGAAGACGUGAGACGAGUCGAGAACAGCGAGAAGGUUGUGGCACGAGUUAGUUGGCGCAAUUGGAGUGCUUUUCAGAAGAGCAUUUGCUUCAGCAGAUGCCUCUGUUUUGGGAUUUCGCCGUUUGGGCACAAGCGGAUGGCAUGA